AUUCAAGGCUCAAGCACAUGAAACGUGACUUGCUUGUCAUGGAUUUCUUCAUUGUUGUAUGUCUAAUGGAUUAAGUCCCCAAAAUUGUGUUAUACUCAAUUAACGGCUCAUGGUUUAUAUAAUAAAGUACCUACAAAAGGACCAUGGAAUGUUAUUGAUACCCAAUUUGAGAAUCAACACCGAACGGGGCUAAAAUCAACAUAUAACUACAGAGCCUUGUACUGUCCACAACAAGGACAAGAUAACACAAUUCGGAUAAGGAUUGAUGAAGAAUAGGAGCCUAACCUAACCUACGUAGAAGGCAACGUGGAAAAUCUACGACUCAAGAAAAUGGAGCUUAAUGAACAAGAGAAACAUGAAGAUCAACAUUUAGGACAAGAUGAAGAGCAAGACUUGCAUUCAUUGAAACCUAGGCCUAGGCCUAUGUCACCUAGUAUGGGUAAACGAGUGAGAUUGCAAUCAGAAAAAGGUAAGAUGUAUAAUUUUGAUCUUCUGGUUGAUGAAUUCAAAAAACAAAGGAGAUUGUUGGGCAAGAUAAAUAAGGAAGCAGAUUUGGCACUUUCUAAAAAUGAUUGUAAUGUAGGCCUACUACAGGAUGUUGCAAAUAGGCUUCAAAUAGAAUUAAAGAAUAUUGACAUAACUCUCUCUAAAUUGAAAGAAUCAGAAAUACCAGAGGUUGACAUUGUACAGAGUUUAGAGUAUAAUUACCAGGAAAUAUGCUUUGAAAGUCACACUAGGUUAACAAAAUUAAAAGAAAAAAUGAAACAUGACCAAGAUGAUAAAAUGUCAAAUGUCUCUCUAAAGUCAAAGUCUUCAUCUAGUAGGUCACAUCAUACAAGUGUAAGUAAAUCUUCACGUGUUUCUAGUAUUAAGAGAAUAGAACUAAGCACAAAACUGGCUAGGUUAGGCACAGAAAGAAAAUACCAUGACAUAAUGGAGAAGGCUAGAGCAGAUUUAAAGAAAUUAGAAAUUGACAAAGAAAUUGAAGCCACUAAUGCUGAGAUAUGUGCAGUUAAUAAAAUUUUAGAGGAAGAAAAUGAAACUGAUCCACAGUCAUGCUUGAGUUUUCCGUUAGGUGAAAAUAACCAACCCACUGAAGGUCUCUUGCACAGAUAUCUUGAGGAUAGUAGAGUUGUAAAUUAUUCAUUGUCAGGUUCCAGUGUACAAAAGUCCCUUUCCUUUGCUGGAGGUUUAGAUAGUAUAGACAAAAUUUAGACAAAAGGAAGGCAGAAAUAAAGGCAAUGACUGAUCUAAAUCCAAAUGCUCAGGUGUUUAAAUUUCAAACAGAUUUCAUACAACCAGGGAAACCAAGGCUAGACCAUAAUUAUAAUUACCAGCCCAUAGGACGCUCACAGCCAAGUAAACUUAGGCUAGGCCAAGAAACAAACCGGAACUCAGAUUUCAAAAUACCAAAUGAGCCUAGGCUAAGUUGUAGUACUAUAGAUGAGGCAUCCCAUGAGGUAAUAGGUGAACCUAGGUUAAUAGUAGAUCCCAAAAAUACCUUCACUUGGAAUACACAACCUGAUGUUAAUAGACCAAGGCUACACACUCAUGAACCCCUGGCAGAUUUUCAUGAACAACCUAACAUUAUCAAUAAUGAUAACGUAAAGUCCAGUCAAGUUUAUCAAUGGGAUAUUUUAAAAGGUUUUGCUGAUCCUCAAAAUCAGAACUUAGAGAAACUAGCCGACUUGUUUGCUGCAAGGCAACGUAAAGACAAUUUACCCGUUAAAGAACCAGAGGUAUUUUCUGGAGAUUUGCUGAAGUACCCUCAAUGGAAAGCAUCAUUUAUUACAUUAAUUGAAUAUAAAACAGAUGAUGCUGCUGAAAGAUUGUUCUACUUAGGUAAAUAUACGGAUGGUCAGGCUAAAGCUGCCAUUGAUAAUCUUAUUUUUUUUGGCACCCAAGACGCUUACGACAAGGCUUGGAAGAUACUUCAUGAUAGGUUUGGAAAUAAAUUUACUGUUGCUGAUGCCUUUAGAAGCAAGCUUGAAGAUUGGCCUAAGAUUACAAUUAAUGAUGGUCCAGGUUUGAGGAAAUUUUCUGAUUUCUUAGAACACUGUAAAACAGCCAUGGGAAUCAUAAAGUACUUAGCAAUUCUUAACGAUCCUAAAGAAAACAGACUUAUGUUACAGAAGUUGCCUGCUCAAAUUGCAGAGAGAUGGAAUUGUAUAGUAACUAAAAGAAUCACAAUUGAUGAAGAGGAAUAUCCAUUUUUUGAAGUUUACAAGGUUCAUAAGAGAUGA